CAGCCCACACUGAGAAUGAGCGGCAGACCGAGGAGGGGAGAAUUCGUCAAACGACACAUUUCAGCCACACACCCCUCCCCGAGCGACAGUCUGCACUUUUCCAGAUGUGCAGCACACGCUUCGUGCUUCACUCGAUAAUGUCCGAGGGAUACAUAGCGUUGACAUCGUUUGUUUUGUAAAAACAUCAGAAUACAUCGCUGUGACAUCGCAACGACGUGAGCUAGCGUAAGUAAGCUAGCAGAAGAGCUUGCUUGCUUGCUAGCUGUUGGAGAUAAUCUUGUCACAACCAUCAGAGAUCCACACAUUCCAAGGUAUAUGGACUGCUUAAGGUGAUGAUAUAGAGCUGUUGGACAUUUCCUCACAACACAAGGACAUUGCUUCUCAUUUAUAAAGCAGGAGAAUCCAUUCCUGCAUGCUCUGCAUCUCAGCACAAUGAUUGGCUACUGCUUCUUUAGGUCAGCCUGCUCCUAGCUUUGCUGCCUCCCAAUUGGAUAGCUUCUGUGAAGAGAGCUUAUUGCCAUGGUUGCCAUGACUUAGAAAUACUGCUUGUUUAGAGAUGGAGAAAAAGAAAAUGUGUCCCCGCCUCCUGGACUACCUGGUGGUAGUUGGAGCCAGGCAGCCCAGUAGUGACAGUGUGGCUCAAACACCACAGCUACUGAGGCGCUACCCUCUGGAGGAUCAUGCAGACUUCCCUCUGCCACCCGACGUGGUGUUCUUCUGCCAGCCUGAGGGCUGUCUGAGUAUCCGGCAGCGCCGGGUCAGCCUCCGUGAUGACUCAUCCUUUGUUUUCACGCUCACUGACAAGGAUUCGGGUGUUACGCGCUACGGCAUCUGCGUCAACUUCUACCGAUCCUUCCAGAGGGGCCAUCACCGCCCACGGGCAGAGGGUAAAGACAAGCCCCCACAGACAGACCCUGCAGUCGAGGCCACAGAGAAGUCAGAUCCCUCUAUGCUAUCGCUAUCAGGAGACUCCACAGCACCCUCAGGCACUGAUGGUGUGGUGCCACCGGGUGAAAUAGGUGGCAGGAAAUCGCCCCGGCCCAAGCGCAGCAGGGCAGCAUCACGAAACCGGAACAGCACAUUGACAUCGCUGUGUGUGCUUAGCCACUACCCCUUCUUCUCCACCUUCAGAGAGUGCCUGUACAUCCUCAAACGUAUGGUGGACUGCUGCAGCCACCGGCUCAAUCAGAGACCUGGUGCUGCCAAGGGCACUCAGCGGGACGCCAUGUGGCGUGUUUUUACUGGCGCUCUCUCAGUGGAGGAGAAGGAAAAGGGCAGUCAGCUGCUGCAGGACCUAAGGGAGAUAGAGUCAUGGGUGUACAGGCUGCUGCGUUCUCCAGUGCCUGUUGCAGGUCUUCGGCGUGUGGAUGUGGAGGUGCUCCCACACGAGCUACAGCCGGCACUCACCUUCGCCCUACCAGACUCCUCUCGCUUCUGCUUGGUGGACUUCCCCCUCCACCUUCCCCUGGAGUUGCUGGGAGUGGAUGCCUGCCUGCAGGUGCUCAGCUGCAUCCUGCUGGAGCACAAGGUGGUACUGCAGUCUCGGGAUUACAACGCUUUAUCAAUGAGUGUAAUGGCAUUCGUGGCCAUGAUCUACCCUCUGGAGUACAUGUUCCCCGUUAUCCCUCUGCUGCCAACCUGCAUGGCCUCGGCUGAACAGCUGCUACUAGCUCCCACUCCAUACAUCAUUGGUGUGCCUGCCAGCUUCUUUCUGUAUAAGUCAGACUUUAGGAUGCCUGAUGAUGUUUGGCUGGUGGAUCUUGACUGCAACAAGGUCAUUGCUCCUAGCAAUGCAGAAAUACUCCCACCUUUACCAGAACCAGAAGCCUCAGAGCUGAAGAAACACCUUAAACAACUUUUGGAGUGUCUGGUUAGGUUGACUGUGAUCACCCAAAAGCAGAUCUUCGCCUCCGACUCCAAGGCUCUAGCAAGUAUGAGUUUGAACACUCAACCUAUUCUAAACCUAGAGAAGUUCCAGGAGGGCCAGGAGCUGCCCCUGCUGCCCCCAGGACGGGAUAAGUCCUCACCCUCCUCCACAGAGUUUAACCCCCUCAUCUAUGGAAAUGAUGUUGACUCGGUGGAUGUGGCCACAAGAGUAGCAAUGGUGAGGUUCUUCAACUCUCCAAACGUGCUACAGGGUUUCCAGAUGCACACUCGCACGCUGCGGCUCUUCCCACGUCCUGUGGUUGCCUUUCAGGCCACUUCAUUCAUGGCCUCUCGGCCAAGACGCACUGGCUUUGCUGAGAAGCUCUCCCACACGCAAGCUGUGGAGUAUUAUGGAGAAUGGGCCCUUAACCCCACUAACCUGGCCUUCCAGAGGAUCCAUAACAAUGUUUAUGACCCCUCCCUAAUAGGCGAUAAGCCUAAGUGGUAUGCUCACCAGUUGCAGCCAGUUUUUUAUCGUGUUUACGAUGGAAACUCCCAGCUUGCAGAAGCCAUGAGUGGACCACUGGAGGAUGAGGCUAAUGACUCAGACCCUACAGAUGACAGUGGCAGUGACAGUGAGGCAUAUGACGACUCUAGCUCUUCCUACUCCUCACUCGGAGAUUUUGUGAAUGAGAUGAUCAAAGGGGACAUACAGGGCGACACACCAAAUGUGGAUCCCUUGACCCAUGCAGCUCUUGAAGAUGCUAAUGAGGUGGCGAUCCAUGACUUUCAGGAGUAUAAGGAGGAGAGUGGGGAGCGAGGGCCUGAAACAGAGGGUGCUAUUGAGGCAACAGACAGCCAACCCCUUCGCUCCAGCUCCAGCACCACAGCCAGCUCCAGCCCUAGUACUGUCAUCCAGGGAGUGAAUCAUGAGCAGGCAGAGCCUGUUGAGUUGGAGGCAUCAGCUAGUGCAGCACUGCAGAACUCUGUCCCUGGAUUGGGUGCCCCACCAUUCACAAGAGCCGCCCCAGAGCCAGCCCCUGUUGACCUAGCCAAUAAGAAGCAGGAGUACGAUAACCCCUAUUUUGAGCCCCAGUAUGGCUUCCCUGCAGAAGAGGAGGCUGACAGUGAGGAACAAGAGGAGAGUUACACACCACGCUUCAAUCAGAACAUGAAUGGAAACAAGCCGUCUCGCCCAUUGAGGCCCAGUAGCCUGAAACUACCGGGCGAGUCUGAUGGAGAGGGAGACUCUAAGAACAGUUCACCCAACUCUACCAUCUCCAACAACAGCGGUGAUGGCUUUGCAGGACUUAUGUCUUUUGCCAGUAACUUGUAUAAGAACCAUGGCACCAGCUUCAGUCUGUCCAGUCUGGCUCUCCCUAAUAAAGCUGCUAGAGAGAAGAACACCCCUUUUCCCAGCCUUAAAGAAUGGUUCAAUUUUGAUGUAGACGAUGAGACGGAGCAAGAUGAUGGUGAUGAGAGUCCUGACAGUCCUGUAUUUGGGCUAAAUUCUCUAAUGGAGAUUAUAACAGAGGUCGGCCCGGGGAGCGGAGAAGGUGCCCGUGCCCCACGUGCUUUGGUAGAUCAGAAAUCCUCUGUGAUAAAGCACAGUCCUACAGUGAAAAGGGAGCCUCCUUCACCACAGGGCCGAGCCAACAACACAAGUGAAAACCAACAGUUCCUUAAGGAGGUGGUGCAGAGCGUGCUGGAUGGCCAAGGUGUUGGCUGGCUCAACAUGAAAAAAGUGCGCCGUCUGCUGGAGAAUGAGCAGCUGCGCGUCUUUGUACUCAGCAAACUCAACCGUGCUGUCCAGUCAGAAGAGGAUGCUCGGCAGGAAGUCAUCAGAGAUGUGGAGAUUAACAGGAAGGUGUAUAAAGGCAUGCUGGAUCUGCUGAAGUGCACUGUCUCCAGUCUGGAGCACUCCUACACUAAUGCAGGGCUAGGUGGCAUGGCCAGUGUCUUCAGCCUGUUAGAGAUAGCACGAACCCACUACCAAACCAAAGAGCCAGAGAAGCGAAAGCGAAGUCCCACAGAUGGGGCGAGCAGUCCAGGCAGUAAGGAGAGCCCGUCUGUCCGUGUUGAGAGUGCCAGGGCAGCAGGCGUACUCCUGGUGCCCCGAAUUCAGUUGCCACCCCCUUCCUCUGGGAAAGGGGCACGCCAGUUUGACACCAGGAGUCUCAACGAAGAGAAUUUUAUUGCUUCUAUUGAAUUGUGGAGCAAGCACCAGGAUAACAGAAAGCAAAAAGCUAUGGAAAAAGAACAGAGGGCUGAAGGGGCAAAGCAGCGUGCAGAAGGGGGUGAUACUGAGGAGAAGAAAUCUCAGAUCAGUGCAGACAGUGGCCUUAGCGUGACCUCAGGCUCACAGAAGAGCGAUUCUGAGUCAUUGGCGAGUUCAGAGCCUCCAGCUCUGACAAGGAGCACCAGUCAGGACUCUGAGGCCAGCACAGUGGUGAGCAACAGCUCAGGUGAGACGCUGGGCGCUGACAGUGACCUGAGCAGCACAGCGGGAGAUGGACUGGCUGGUCGGCCCUCUCCACACCUCACGCUUUCCCGCAGUACCCUCUCAGACAGUGAAAUAGAGACCAACCCUGCAACCAGCUCAGUGUUUGGGAAGACCCAUAAGCUGAAGUCUGGUGUAAAGGAGCCUGUUGGGGGUGUUGCUAAGGGAGCCCCUGCUCAGCCUCUUGAAGAUGUCAGCAUGAGGAUCUACUUGUGUGAAGGGCUGCUAGGGAGGGAUAAGAGCUCAGUGUGGGAUCAGCUGGAGGAUGCUGCCAUGGAAACCUUCUCUCUGAGUAAAGAGCGCUCCACUCUAUGGGACCAGGUGCAGUUCUGGGAGGACGCGUUUUUGGAUGCUGUAAUGCUUGAAAGAGAAGGAAUGGGUAUGGACCAGGGACCACAGGAGAUGAUUGACAGGUACCUGUCACUUGGUGAACAUGACCGCAAAAGGCUGGAGGAUGAUGAGGACAGACUGCUGGCCACCCUGUUGCACAACAUGAUUGCCUACAUGCUAAUGAUGAAGGUGAAUAAGAAUGACAUCAGGAAAAAGGUCCGGCGUUUGAUGGGGAAGUGUCACAUCGGCUUGACGUACAGCCAGGAGAUCAACGAGGUCCUGGACCGUCUUGCACAGCUGAGUGGAAGGGAACUUCCAAUAAGGCCAAGUGGGAGCCGCCACAUAAAGAAGCAGACCUUUGUGGUGCAUGCAGGGACUGAUACCACAGGGGACAUUUUCUUUAUGGAGGUGUGCGAUGACUGCAUCGUACUGCGUAGUAACAUAGGGACGGUUUAUGAGCGCUGGUGGUAUGAAAAGCUAAUAAAUAUGACCUACUGCCCCAAGACCAAAGUGCUGUGCCUGUGGAGGAGGAAUGGGCAGGAAACCCAACUCAACAAAUUCUACACCAAGAAGUGUCGGGAACUGUACUACUGUGUCAAAGACAGCAUGGAGCGCGCAGCAGCACGACAGCAAAGCAUCAAACCAGGUCCAGAGCUAGGAGGGGAGUUCCCUGUGCAGGACAUGAAGACAGGAGAAGGAGGUCUCCUGCAGGUCACCCUUGAGGGAAUCAACCUCAAAUUCAUGCACAGCCAGGAGCGGAAGGUUUUCAUAGAGCUGAAUCACAUUAAAAAGUGCAAUACAGUGAAGGGAGUCUUUGUCCUGGAGGAAUUUGUUCCUGAAACUAAAGAAGUGGUGAUCCACAAGUACAAGACUCCAAUGGCACAUCAGAUCUGUUACUCCGUGCUCUGUCUCUUCUCCUACAUGGCUGCAGUAAAGGGGAAGGAGGCAGAGGGCAAACCCAAGAUGCUGUCCCCUCGCCCAUUGCCCAGCUAGUGCACAUUUCUGUGCUGUACUUUUUUUCAGCUCUGUCCUAGUCUUCUGUCACACCUACACCAUACCAUGUUCUCCAGGCUGUAGAUCCAGGCCAGAUUCAAGAUCAUCUGCUUCUGUACUACUGGCUUAAGCUUCACUGCCCUCUUUUGGACAACAUUCCUUCUACUCAUCAAUCUUAUCAGCUUGAUCAAUCUGCUUAACAGAGAAGUGAAUACACCUUAACUGGCCCUUUUUUCAAACUUUGGUCCUCCACCUUUCAGUUGAUUCCCUUUGUCCAUGACUAUACAUCUUCAUCCAUUCGCCACAGAUCCUGUAAGCAUGCCCACAGCAGACCUCUCUUCAACUGCAAUUGAUCACCAUCCUUGUUAUCAGGCCUCCAGUGAGCUGCAUCUUUCCUACAUGGCUGAGCUGCUGUCCCCACCUCUUGCAUGUGGUCAGAGGUGUCUGCUUGCAUGUGGGUCCAGUGCACAUCUGCAAACUGGCAUUUGCAUCCCCAGAUCAUUUCCCAACAAGCUCUCCGGGUCCCACUUCCUAAAUUCAUCUUCAUGUCUUUGAAUCCAGAGACUGUGAUAAAUUAUUAUAUGUGCUCAGUGGUACCGUAACCUCCAGUUUCCCCUGUCUAAGGUUGAUGAAGCGUUUAAAACACUCCAUCUGCAAGGCUAUGACAUGUUAUCCCCAAACAAGCCAACAGGGAGCACCAGUUUUAAGCAUUUCAUUCAGCCUUCCCUACCCGCUCUUAGUGGUCCAAGAUAUGUGUAGCUCUUUAGCUUUGCUCUGAGCCUACUGUACUAGUUCUACUGUAAAAGCUCCGUUUGUGAACAGCUGUGAUAUUGCAUGUCGCUGUAAGGAGAAAAAAAAAGCAAAAAACAAACAAAAAAAAAAUACACUGUACAUUUCACUGGAGCAAUGUUCUAAAAAAGUUCUAAAAACAAACUGUGGUUUGUUGAGUAGAUGUGCAAUACUAUCUGUAGUGGGUAUCGAGAACAUGCCCUGUAAUGAGAACUGUUCUCCACCGUCCCCUGUCAGAGUGAAGGCUGAGGGGCUGGAUGUGAUCAACACAAUAACAGAAAGAGGCAUUAUUGAGUGUGUGAAAGCUGAAAAACAGCUGUGUUUGGAGAUCUCUUGUAUUCACAUGUAGGUCUGUAAGUCUACUGAUGUCCAAUCACUGUUUGAGCGAAUCUAAAUACUACAUAAUUUGGAGAAACAUCCCAUUUGAACUGUCCAUUUCCUGCUUGUGUGUGUGUGUGUCUGUCUGUACUCACAGAGGAGACUGUGUUUCACAGCAUCUCUGAUAUAUGUUUUAAAGUCCUUUUACGUGUUAUGAUUUUAAACAAAUGUCCAUUCAUGAGUGUGUAUGUUGGUGUGCAUUCCCUCAAAGAGCAAUCAUUUUAGAUGGUUAUUAAUAAGGCCCACAGUCUGUAGGCUUUAGUUGUAAAUAGCACAAGACAAGAUAAGCCACUUCAAAGAGUCUCCAAAGACGGGUGUUUUGAUUUGGUGAGUGCUGAGUGACCGCCGUCCUAACAGACCAUUCAGCGUCUGCGCUAGUUUGGCCUUUCAUUCUGUUCCUCUCAGAGCUCAGAGCAAGAGGGGAAAGGAGGAGGAAGAGAGAAAGAGAGACGUUUGGAUGUAAAUAUUUCAGUGUUUAAAAAGUAUUUAUAGAACCUGUACAGCUUUGGCAAUAUGACAAUAAAGAUGUUCAACCCAAAUGA